GUCAUUAAUGAAAGACGACGAAGAAGAAGCAAACAACGCGUGCUGUUUGUUUACAAGUUUGUCACCAAAGCCACUGUCUCGUACAACCUGAUUAGUACAAAUAAUAUAGUAGUUUGUCAGUAAGUCUGUGGCAGGUUUCAGUCGAGGUGUCUCCACACAAAUGAUGACUCCAACUCGUAAGAGUGGACGGCAGCCGAAGCCCUCUGCCAAACUGAAGGAAUACCUGUAUGAAAAUGAAAUUGAAAAAGUAAAAGAAAGUACACCUCGAACAUCAGAGAAAAAAGCUCCACAGGUCAUAAAAGGUCCAGUUUCUAAGGAGGCCCCCAAAAAGAAGGAAUUUCAACAAACAAAAACAGGUCCAGUUGCUAAGGAAGCUCCCAAAAAGAAGGAAUCACCUCCAACAAAAACCACUGGACCACGUAUGAUAGAGAAGAAAAAUACCACUACUUUUCAUGUUAAAAAAGUAGAAAGCCCCGAUACAGCAACACCCGCUCGCAAAAGUGGACGAACUCCAAAGCCUUCUGUAAAGCUCCAAGAAUAUUUGUGUGAUGAAAGAGAUAAAAGUAAUGACAGUUUAUUGAAUAAAAGGACUCCGAGAGAUUCAGAGAAAACUAAACGAGGUUUUAAGAUUAAAGAAGAAAUAGAAGAUGAGGAAGAGACUGAUGAAAGUAAUGAAGACGACGAAUUAAUUGGUGAUAAGCCCACACAGAAACCAAUUAAAAAGCCAACAAAGGAGAAUGUUUCAUCAAAAAGAUUACCCGGUAAGUUGUCCACUCAGGAAUUGUUGAGGAUGAAGACGCAGACUUCGGGCAACAUAUCUUCCUCAAGAGCAAGAGUCACAAACUUAACCUCCAUCUCUGCCAAGAAGGAAAAAAAUGCAUCUCGUCUGACCAUCAGGAAAGGAAAAAUUUAUACAACCCAAGUUUCAACUGCCAAAGACAGACUUCACUCUAAAACUGUUCUUCAGGAGAAAAGUCAAGCCAGAAAAGCUGUUCAACCAAAGGACAGGGUAUUAUCUGUAAAAAAGCGUAAAAGAGAACCAGAAAGUUUCCCCACUGCUAAUAAAAAGUUCAUUAAAACGAAGGACCCAUCAAAAUUAUUUGAGAGAGCAAAAAGAUCCGCAAAUGAAACUAAAGCCAGCCUUAAAGAAAAUGCAUACAAAGUAGAAAAAAAAGAAAUUGAAAAAGUUUUGCAAGUCAACAAAGAAGUUAUGACACAGUUACUAAACUUUGGAGCAGAAGUUGCAGAAGCAAUGGCUUGCAAUAAUGAAUCAAUAUUUAGUUUCAGUACUAAAGAUAAUCCUCUCCAGUCAUUUAAGAUUGACAAACAAGAUGAUUUUAGUGAUGAGGAGGUUGUUAAGAUUAUCAAAUGGUUUGAGGAAGAGGAAGAACAAAGAAGAGCUUAUAGAAAACGAAUACUAGAAGCAUUAAGGGCUUCACAUGAAACGAAUAUGUCACUCUACACUCAAAUGUUGAAAAUGUUACAGUCAGUUACAGCAUGCUGAUUAGUGUAUAUUUGAUAUGUAGUUUGUAGUGUAAGAAUAUUAUCCUUAUGUUUUCUCUUAAGAAAUUAUUUUACAAUUAUUUUAUUUUUUCAAUAAAAGUCAUACAUAUAGAGAAUACUUUAAUGGAAUUAACAUUUGCUUUAAAGAUGUGAUUGGUUAUAUUGAUCAUGAGGGAUGAUCUUACUACCAAUUUCAGAUAAUAGCUGUGUAGGUAUUUGAAUUUAAAUUACAAUCAAUAAAUAAAGAUGUCAUGAAAGAUAUGGUUUUGAUUGAUUACAAACUAGCAUUGUAGCAGGGAAGAACAUGGCUAUCAAUGUACAUACUAUACUGCAAUUUUUGUAACUUGAGUCAAAUUUUUUCAAAGUAUGAGGAGAAACAUGGCUAUUGUUUCAAAGUAUUAGUCGUCUUGUAUUUUUCCUUGAACAGGAAAGCAUUGGCUGGUUACAUACACAAUUAUAGUAUUGUUACGUCUCAUUAUCCCACUUUCAGUGGGUUACUGGUUAGUAUAAUUCCUAUUUUCAGUUUGAUCCAUCUACAAGUACAAAAUUAAGUCAUUAGAAAGUUAUGAUUUGAUUGCUUUUUUCUUGCUUGUUCAUUAAUGAUCAACAAAAGUUAUACUAACUGGUGCAAUAAAGGGUUAAACUUGCUAUUUGGACAUGCUGCUUAUAUAAGUGAAGUUCAGAACUAUUAUAAGUUUUCAAAAUAAAUUUUAUAUUUUCAUGUUAAUACCAGUUAUUGUGCUAAGCGCUAAUGACUAAGGUAUCAAAGUAGGUUUAUAUGACCAGUUACUGAUAUGUAUGCUGUUUUUUGUUGAUGAGUGUAAAUUUUUUUCCCUCAAGUAAGAGAGCUCAUUUACUUGACAUGUCCCUCUGUUUACACUCUGAAGCCACUUUGGUGAUCAUUUUGCAUUUGAUUGAAAUAAAGACUCUCAGUUCUGAGAAUCUAGUAUUCUUUCAUUAAAUUGAAUGACAUUCAGAACUUAAAGAAUUAGAACCUCUCUUAAUGUUUGUGUAAUGUUUUGUAAAUAUGUAAGUGUAAAAAUAUAAUAAUGAAGUAGUCUUUUUAAUAUUGUUAUGUUAUAUA